AUGGCGUCUGCAAGUGAUGUUCUUGCGCUCGUCAGCUCUCUAGCCCUGCGGCUCAGCAUAUAUAUCUUUUUACGAUGGAUUGUCCCAGCACUCGCGACCGCGCUUACGCUCGUAUACAUUCCCUCCUUCUUCACCAGCUUCCAGGACACUGCGCAGUACAAGAUCAUAUCCGAUGAACUCGAUAUAAUUGUAAAGGAGACUGUUGGUGGAAGGAGUGACGACUCAAGCGAGGAAAUACAACUCAUCGACGGCGCAGAUGACGGCCCAUUGGAGGAGCUCGACGUCCAAGAGACGGUGCAAUACGAAGAAAGGGAGCCCAAGGUGUUCCGAACACUGCUCACCGGGCUCCCAAGUCCUUCAUCAGCACUACUGAGUUGGAUCACAUUUGGUAUCAACAUGGCCUUGAUCGCAAUGACGCUGGAUGUUGUCUAUCGCGCCCCAUUGCUCCAUCAAUGCCACGACGCCAGCUUUGCACGCGUUGGGUACGUGUCGGAGAAUAGCGCAAAGAUCCUUGUGCGAGAGCCGUAUGCAUUCGAUGUCAAAGUACUCUACCGAUCCAUUGACGACAUGGAGCGCUCCUGGAUGGAGAAGACGCAUUGCGCAAGCCAACCCGACUACUGGCUCACAGACGAGACCGACUUCACCAUGGUCAUGGAAAUCGAGCACUUGCGACCCGAUCUGUCGUACGAAUACAUUGUGGAAACCUCACAUGGGAACACCACCGGUACUUUUACCACCGCUCCACGACCUGGACACAUAUCACAGCUCAAGGACAACAAAUACACGUUCGUACAUUCGAGCUGCAUCAAGCCUCGAGUGCCCUACACACCGUUCCAGCAUCCUCUCGAAUUUCCCGGUAUGAAACAUCUUGCGCGCUGGCUACCAGAACUUCAGCCAUACUUUAUGCUGUUCCUCGGCGACUUCAUUUAUGUCGAUGUACCACACCGCCAGGGCAAUGAUGCUGAGACGUAUAGACGCGAGUAUCGACAGGUCUACUCAUCACCAUCAUGGCCGGCAGUCAGCCAGAACUUACCUUGGAUUCACGUCAUUGACGACCAUGAGAUCCAGAACGACUGGAACAGCAAUAUGACCGGUGUCGCAGUCCCUGCCUACGAUGCCUUCACGCACUACAACGCCGCACCUAACCCACCACCCCAUCGCGAAGGCGUUACAUACUUUUCCUUCACCCAGGGACCGGCUGAGUUCUUCCUCCUCGAUACGCGCCGUUACCGCAGCCCUGUUAGCAACAACGCCUCCGACCCCGCAAAGACGAUGCUCGGAGCCCAACAACUGUCUGAUCUCCUCGACUGGAUCCAGAAGGCGCCACCUCAGGGCGUCCACUGGAAGUUCAUCGUCACCGGCACGCCAUUCACCAAAAACUGGCAGUUCGGCUCCGAAGAUACAUGGGGCGGACAUCUCCACGAACGCCGCCGUAUUCUGGAAGCAGCCUGGGACUUUUCUUCCACCCAUGACGUCGGAGUCGUAGUUCUAAGCGGCGACCGCCACGAAUUCGCAGCUACAUCCUUCCCUCCCCCGAAAGACGGAAAGUGGCCUGUCAGCGCCACCGUACACGAGUUCAGCACCAGCCCACUCAGCAUGUUCUACCUUCCCAUCCGCACGUACAAGGAAAUCGACGACGAAGACGUCUGUCUCAAGUACCUGCCUGACGGCAAUAGCAAGUUUGGUGCUGUGGAGAUUACGACGCCGGUACAUGGGGAGCAGAGUUUUGUGAAUUACAGACUGUUCAUUGACGGGGAGGAGGCGUGGACGCAUGUUAUUAGUACGCCGCUGGGGAGAGCUGGGAGUCAUAGGGCAAAGGAGGCGGUUUGGGGAUGA